AUGCGUUUUCUUCAGACCUUAUUGGAGCUCUCGUUGAAAUUGCCUUCAGAAUCAUAUAAGAAAUUAUCUAGUUUGAUCCAUGCCAAGGACAUUCUAGGAUUCUUCUUUUUAGUCGUGACAUUUCUGAUACCGCUUAUCAAGUUCCACGUGUGGGAUAUUGUCACCCAUUUUCUUAUGAUGUACAUGAUAUUGGUGACGUUUCAAAUGGAUAUGCUAUAUAUCAAUUGUGUUUGCAUAUUAAAAGCUUGUUUCAAAAAAAUCAACGACAAUCUAAUAAAUCUGCGAAAAGUCGUGACAAAUGGUGUGCCAUAUCUCUUGAGCAGCACCUAUCACGAGCAAAGAAUUCCAUUUGUACUGAUUGAGAUUAUAGCUUUGAAAAAGCAGCAUCUGGCAAUCAGCGGCGCUGUACAGACGCUAAAAAUGGUCUUCAGCUUGCACAUUCUUUCUACGAUACUUAUGGCUUUCGCUGAAAUUAUCUUCUAUCUGUAUUUUUACUCAAUGCGAAUACACCUAGGUUUAUAUAUGAGCAAUGAAGAUAGACAGAUUGUGUUUACGGCCUGUAUUAUGGGAAUAACAUAUUACUCUAUAAAAUUGGUGUUGAUAGUGUGGGCCUGCGAAACCGGCAAGGAUCAAGCCAUGGAAAUUAUCGGCACCGUUCACGACGUGUUCAAUAGUGCCAGCAAUAAGCAAAUAAAAUACGAGAUGCGACUUUUUUCCUUGCAAUUAUCGCAUUGUGAAAAUACAUUCUCCGCAAAGGGGCUUACUGUGGACGCUACGCUCCUCACUGCGAUAAUAGGUGGCAUUACCACUUAUGUAUUGAUCUUGAUACAAUUCCUGUUUAUGUCGAGUUCUUGCGGUGGAAAAUCUGUAUAACAUGUGGUCUAACAGAGAGAUGCAUUGAAAGGAUACUUUAAAUGUACCUAUUUUUAUUAUUGUAAGUAGAAUAUCGUUGCGAGCGGAGUAU